GGGACGGCGCCCUAGAGACGAGAACAGUGUGUGCCACUUGGUGGCAGGGUGAUCCCACGGGCGCCGCCCCAGGCCAGCUGGAGUGUGGUGAUGGGGACCACCCAGCCCCAGGGUGCCCCGCCAUGGUGACUGGGGCGUCCUGGGGCUCCUGGGACUCCUGGGGCUCUGAGUCCUCCUGCAGCAGCUGGCACUCUGCCUGUGGGCCCCAGGACCCCGGGGCGGACAAGGCCCCGUUGUGGUCCAGCCCCACCCCGGCGCCGUGGCCACCGCCGCAGGACUCGCCCUGGUCGCUGCCCGUGGGGCUGACCGCCGCCCCUUCCGAAGCCGCUCAGGCGGUUCGGGCAGCCCAGGCGCGGCGGCCGUCGGUGGUGGCGGCGCUACUCAGCCUGCAGGAGGCACCAAACCGUCCUUCCUUGCCGCGCUCCGCCUCAGCGCCUGCUGACCGCCCGCUCUCUGUAGAUGCUUCGGCCUUCAGCAGGUACUACGAGGACAGUGUGGUGUGCCCUAGAGGCAUGGCGGAUGACCCUGCGGCCCCAGAGCCUGUGGCCAGCCCGUGCGGCGGCCCCCUGUCCUCUCUGGCGUUAGUUCUUCCCGGCAGGCUGGAAGGCCUCGUCAAACUGCUGGCCCACUCCCUGCACCUGCUGCUGGCGGCGGUGUGCUCCAGGAAGGCGCGCCGCCAGAAGGAUCGGGAGUGCUCGGCGGCGCAGGAGCAGGAGCACAAACUUUACCUGGAGGAGGCGGUGCUGAAGAGAAAGAUCCCUGAGACCGACCUUCGCCAACUAGUGGAGCUGCCACCGGGCCUGGGCUACGAGGAAUGGCUCGCUUCCCACACAAUCGACUUCUUCCAGCACAUCAACCUGGUGUAUGGGACGGUGUGUGAGUUCUGCACCAUGGGUGGCUGUCCAGACAUGACAGGUCCCGCCACCCGCCAGUAUCUUUGGUUUGAUGAGAAAGGGAAGAAGACAAGAGUGGCUGCACCUCAGUAUGUUGACUAUGUCAUGACCUUCACCCAGAAGACCAUCAAUGAUGAGUCCAUCUUCCCCACCAAGUUUGAAAAUGACUUCCCAGUAUCAUUUGAAUCCAUUGUUAAGAAGAUCCAGCGACUGCUGUUCCACGUUCUGGCACACCUGUAUCACAGCCACUUCCGCGAGGUGGUACUGCUAAACCUGCAUGCACACCUCAACUGUAUCUUCGCACACUUCAUCCUCUUCAACGACCGCUUCAGACUUAUUGAGGAAAAGGAGACAGAGAUUCUGCAUGACUUGGUGGUGGCUCUUAGGCUGCACCCAGAGAGUGAGGGGCCCUCCCCCAUCCCAGCCCUUCCCACUGACAGUGAGUGUCCCGAGUCCACCGCCACCACCAGGGAGGGAGAAAGUGUUCCUGCCGUGGCACCGUCAGAGGAGCAACCCAACAAGAGCGAGGAUGGAGCUGCAGUCAGUGAGGGUAGUGGUGGUGGGGCGGGGGCUGGAGCAGAGGAAGAAAAGGCUGGGGGAUCCGGGCCACCGCUCCUGGCUGGGGAGGCGCCAGACACUCGGCCAUAGUAAUUCCUCGGGCUAGCAAACUAAUGUGUGCGGGUGCCCUGGUCCCGCCCCACCCCAUCGGGGGGGUGCCACGCUUGGGACGGCACCUUAGCCGGCCCGGGUGUGGGGCCCCAGGGGCCAGCCUGGGGCCUCGUGGGGUGUUGUGUACAUAAGUGUUGUAAAGUCCUUAGAUCAUAACUAUUGCUAUACAAAAUACUAUUUAUAUUUAUCCUGCGUUAUCACAGAGCACACACUCACCAUGAAGUGCAUUGUUCCCCGCCCGGGCAGCCACCGGGCACCCCGGCCACCCUCGAGAGAGUCUGGAUGCAAACUUUAUUCUCGUGAUUUUAAUUGUCCCGAAGGAAAAUAUUCUCUGAUAAAGUCAAAGGUUCGGUUGGUGGAGGAACAGCCGUGUCUGGUUCCCGGGGCAGCCCCAGCCGGGCCCCUGGUGGGGCUGCCCCCCCCUGUAGGUCUCUGAGUCCUCACUAGUCCACAUGUGAUGCGUCUGUUAGUUUCCACAAGCAGUACAAACUUCCCCAGAAGUGUUUUAGUUGUGGUGGAGGGGAGGCCUCGCCACAGUGUUCCUUGUGUUGGCUCCACCCUCGGUGUACUUAAUGAUAGUGAGCGCAAGUCACUACCAGCGUACCAACUCAGCAGGAAGGCCCUGCUGACCUUACCUCAGCAACCUGGCAGGCUUGACUACUACUGUUGGCUUUGUGUGUGUGUGUGUGUGUGUGUGUGUGUGUGUGUGUGUGUGUGUGUGUGUGUGUGUGUGUGUGUGUGUGUGUGUGUGUGUGUGUGUGUGUGUGUGUGCGCGCGCGCAUGUUGUGUGUGUGCGCGCAUGGUGUGUGUGUGCGCGCAUGUUGUGUGUGUGUGUGUGUGUGUGUGUGUGUGUGUGUGUGUGUGUGUGUGUGUGUGUGUGUGUGUGUGUGUGUAUUGGGCUUCAAGCACAUAUUCCAUAUUAAUGUUUCAUUUUGUCAUGAGCUAAAGAAUAGCCACAAAAAGUUGUGUAUUCAUAAUGCAAUAUAUUGCUUGUUAUUUUGGGUUCUUUAGAAAAAAAACACACACACAUAUAUAUAUAUAUAUAUAUAUAUAUAUAUAUAUAUAUAUAUAUAUAUAUAUAUAUAUAUAUAUAUAUAUAUAUAUAUAUAUAUAUAUAUAUAUAUUAUGUAAGCAUGUAUGCAUGCCUUUGCGCAUUUGUCUGUGUAUGUAUAUGUGAGAGAAAGAGAGAGAGAGAGAGAGAGAGAGAGAGAGAGAGAGAGAGAGAGAGAGAGAGAGUUUGUGCAAAAGCAUGACAGCUUCAUCCUGUGCUUGAAGCUUGAAUGUGUGAUCAUAAAGUGUGCACCAAUGUGAUUAUUUAUUUUUGUGUUGUGAGUGGGCAGGGGGCAGGGGGGCGGCAGGCUGAGCUAGUAUACUGUAUAUGCUGAUCAUGUUGUUUGCCUACUGAAAAUAUUAUCUGAUGGCAGGUAUAUUCUUAUUUGAGCUGAACUGAGAUGUAUAUAAUGCAGAGUUGUUAUGAUAAUUAUAGUGGUAAGAACUGGGUAAGGUGGGCAUGGGGGCAUGUGUAUGGGCAGGGGGUGGGGAAGGAGGAAGGAAGAGAGGGCAGGAAGACAUCCUUUCCUCCUUCGCUGCCCACCCACACCCCUGUGCUCCUCCUCGGUUAGACAGCCAGCAUAUCAUACACCCCUGUGUCAUCCCCCCCCCCCCUCUCUCUCUCUCUCUCUCUCUCUCUCUCUCUCUCUCUCUCUCUCUCUCUCUCUCUCUCUCUCUCUCUCUCUCUCUCUCUCUCUCUCUCUCUCUCAUGCCCAGGUGGGGUGGGUCAGGUGAAGUUGGCUGGCCAGAGAGUAUCACCACUUGCCACCCUCACCUCCCCUCCACUUGUGCCGGCCCACUCAGGAGCCUGUGGGCGCACCUCGGGGAAGAUGACUGUAUUUGUCCUUCAGCUGUUGGCAUUUGUUGGGCAGUUACCCCCUCUCCUUACCACACACACACACACACACACACACACACACACACUCUCUCUCUCUCUCUCUCUCUCUCUCUCUCUCUCUCUCUCAGCAAAAAAGAAAGCUGGCACACAGUCAUUUAGUCAAAGAAGGACUAUCCCUAAGUUUUGUUGUGCUUCUCAUGUGAUGCAGCCCAGUGUUGCAUCAGCUGAGGGGAAGCAGAGAGUUGGGCAUUACAACACAUGGCAGAGCUACUGAACAAUGAUUUUCAGUUUUGUUCUUGCAACUCUAAUUUCUGGUCCACUUCUUUGAGGCAAGGGGGGUAGGCAGAACAGGGAGUGGGAUGGUGGCACAGGGAGUGGGUCACCUGGCGCCACCUGCCUGGCAGAACACCUCUUGUGAUAAACUUUAUUGAAACAGGAAAAUGUUCUAAGAAUUAAUUAAUAUUGCAAAAAUAAUAAAAAUACUUUGCACUGACAA